AUGAUUGAUAGACAAUUGAGAAAUACGCUUAUGUUAACCCAUGGUGGGCUUAUGGCAUUUGUUUGGUUAGUAGCGGUACCAAUGGCUGUUGGGGCAAGUAUGUAUGCAAGAAAGAAGAAUAAGACCUGGGGGAUUAAAGUACAUAUGGUUACGAUGGCCACUGCAGCAUUUUUGCCAUUCACAAUAUCUGCCCUAAUGGCAUUUUAUGUAGCGGGAUCCAGUAAUAUCUAUAAACCACAUUCGAGCAUUGGCACAGUAUUAACAUUUGGUGCAUGGAUACAAGUCAUAUUGGGUAUCACGAAUCACUGUAUCUUUCGAUAUAGAUUAAAAAAUGAUUGUUUACCAAGCGGUCGUCCCUGGAAUAAUCGUGUUCACAUUUGGUUUGGUAAAAUCUUGAUGGUUUUGGCACUGAUCAAUAUUCCUCUUGGCAUGAAGGUGAAAAGACUAAGCACUACAAUAUUUAUCUUGUACGCUAUUUGGAUUACGUUAUUAGCCAUCAUGUUUAUUUAUUUGAUUUGGAUGAAGCAAGAAGGCAUAAAUAUGCUAAAUAUAAAAGCUGAAACAUUUGAUGAUGAUGAUAGCUGUGAAAGAAAAAAAAAUUGA